AAACAAAAGGCCUAGUCCUGAGUCACUGCAGCCCCCAUCUUGAAUGUCAGCUGCAUUCAGUCAAACAGAGCCAGGUUUGACUCUCCUCAAACCAGGGACUGGCGGAGCUCCACAGAGAGGCUGAGAUUCCUCAGCCUCCGGUGCAGUAAUUAUGCCGUAUACAGAUAAGCAAAUAUGCAUCCCUCCAGAACUGCCAGAACUGCUGAAACAGUUUACAAAAGCUGCUAUUCGAACCCAGCCUCCAGAUCUGCUCCAAUGGGCAUCUGAUUAUUUCAGUGCUGUGUCCCGUGGUGAUAUACCUCCCGUAAGAGAGCGAUCGGAAAGGGUACCUUUGUCAAACUGGGCAGAACUCACUCCAGAACUUUUAAAGGUCUUACACCAACGAGUGAGUGGCAGACUGAUAAUCCAUGUAGAUGAACUGGCCCACAUGUGGAAGGUGCUGAAUCUCCCAACAGACUUAUUUGAGAGUGUUAUGAAUGUUGGUCAUUUUUCCGAAGAAAUUGAAUGGCUUAAGUUUCUAGCCCUGGCAUGUAGCUCUCUUGGAGUUACUAUUGCAAAAACACUGAAGAUUAUAUGUGAGGUUUUAUCCAGCGAUUAUGACAGCGGACCCCCACGUAUUCCUUUUAGCACUUUCCAGUUUCUCUACACUUACAUUGCUGAAAUAGAUGGAGAAAUUUCAGCAUCCCAUGUCAGCCGAAUGCUGAAUUAUAUUGAACAGGAGGUAAUUGGACCUGAUGGCCUAAUCAAGGUGAAUGAUUUUACCCAGAAUCCACGGGUCAGACUGGAAUAAUGGCACAGCUAUCAAGUACUUUGAUAGGAAGAUGAAGAAACGUACUCCAAAAUAAUGGUUCCUAUUAGGUCUUCCAUUGUCUUUUUUUCUUUUCUCUAUCAAUAAACAAUUUGGCCCAGAAGUCAA